AAACUACGAUACAGAGGAAGAAAGAGGAAGUGUUGUUUCUAGAGCUCGACCUCCCAAUUAUUAGUUCAUUCUUUUCAAGCAGGAUCGUUUUCAGAGCCACAGAAAUUCACAAUGAACCUGGAACGACUGCCCAAUGAAGAGAAACUCAGCCUAUGCCGAAAAUAUUAUUUAGGUGGCUUUGCAUUUCUUCCUUUCCUGUGGCUUGUGAAUGUAGUUUGGUUUUUUCGGGAGGCCUUUGUCAAGCCAGCCUACACUGAACAGCUUCAGAUUAAAACCUAUGUGAAGCGGUCAGCCUUUGGAUUGCUGUUAUGGGUAGCAGUACUCACAACAUGGAUAACCAUUUUCCAGCACUUCAGAGCAGAAUGGGGGGAGGUGGGGGACUACCUGUCAUUUACAAUUCCACUAGGUAUUCCAUGAGAAUGAUGGCACAUCUUUUUACAAAUAACAUGAUCCAUUCUACUGGACCAAAGAAUAUUCUUUUUUGAACUGAAUAGGGUUUUUUUCUGGAACUAAAUUCAACACUAACAUUCUCAUUCUUCUUAUCUUUUAAAGACUGUAAAUCUAGAAAAGUUUUGUUUACCCAGAAGUUCUUUGGUCAUUAGGCUGUGGAAUAGGCAUAUUAAAAUUCUAUAGCAGACAAGAGUAACCAUCAUGUACAGUUUAUAGGUGUGCAAACGUUACAGCAGGCUCCAUUUUCCUUCGUUUUCAGAGUUGUAAGUUCCACAUCUUUUCCACUAUUGUGGAAGAUCAUUUUGUGUAUGACUGCACCAUAACUGUUUUUCACAUGUUUAUGAAUGAAAUUAAAAAUGUUCAAAAUGACUCUG